GAAUGAUUACAUUUUUUAGAGGUGCAAAUAGUUUUAGAAAGCAAGCAUACCUAAUAUUGCAUCUGAAACUGCCCUGAGGGAGAUUUUCUGUAGCCAAGCUGGAGGUUUUAGGCAUGUGCAUGUUAAAGCUGACAAGCUCAUCUACCUCCCCUUGCAUUUUUCUAAUAUAAUUCUGUAAUCUGAGCAGAAAGACUCUCCGGGGCAACCACAAAAACAUUAACAAGCCGCUUUCAAAAGAAGCUAAUUCGCUCUUUUAAUGCAUAGUGUGUAACGUUCCUACAGAUGGCAACUGCAAUGGAAUAAUACUCUUGACUGUUCAACCACUGACACAUAUAAGAUUUUUACUAUGACAAUCGCACCAUCAAUUGCAUGGCAGUGGAUGGAGUUGCACGAUUCUGUUUCUCUGUAUGCGGUUGAGAGGAAGGUGAGGAGGUCUGUCAGUCUGAAACAGUGGCAGUUGCACAGAUGUCCUUGCUUGCAUCCUCAGCUCCUCCUGGCCCCUGCUAAUGAGGGGAGGCUACACAGAGCUGCAUGGAGUGGCUCCUUGGAACAAGUUAAAGCUUUGCUGAACUUCAGAAUUCCUGUGGCUUGCCAGAACAGCCAGGGCUGGACACCUCUUCACCAUGCUUCAUUCUGUGGACAUCAGCCACUUGUCAAGUUCCUUCUUCACAGAGGCACGGACAUCAACAGCAGGGACUUCUUUAAUUGCACCCCACUGCACAGAGCUACCUGGAACGGGCAGGCUCAAACAGCUGAGUACCUUCUUCAACACGGAGCUUCCCAUGCUAUCAGGACAUGCUCUGGGCAGACACCCUUACAUCUAGCUGCAGCCAACGGGCAUGGUAAUGUUGCUCGGACUUUAUUAGAGCACAAAGUGAGGGUUGACUGUAAGGACAUUAACAGGUGGAGCCCACUGCACUGGGCCUCCUUCAAUGGCAACCUAGACAUAAUAGAUCUGCUGCUGAGCAACGGCGGUACAGUAAAUGAGAAGAACAACAAUGGAAUGACCCCCCUGCAGCUGGCAGUGUUGGCUGAAAGCAUCUGCUUAGGAAAGGUGCAGAUCUCAAUACUAAGUGUAUUGGAUUGGAUGACUUUAAAACCAAUUUAAAAUGAUUUCUAAUGAAUUUACAGCAAAUAACAUUUCCAGUUUCUACCUGAAAUAUUUAUUUCAUACUGGGUUCCAAAAAUAAUCAGCCAUGUAUAACACAGCCACACACAUUUGUAGAAGCAGCUUUGUUCAUGUGAGCUGGCACUGGCAAAGUGUUAUCAGAAGCAGGAAAGUCCACAAUACAAAACACUAUCAGGUUGUACAUUGGGAACAUCUCCAAAUCUCAGCUGAAAGACAUAAUAUUUCUUGUCAUAUAUCCAUUUUCAAGCAGAAUUCUACAGAAAAUACCAUGAAACAAGCAAGGAGUGAUUAUUUUCUGCAAAGAGCAAAGCCAACAAUCAAUUGAGGGAAAUAUUAUUUUCCUGAAUUUUACAUCAACUGCCAUAAACCAGACUUGCAACCCCUGUGAUCAUUUGUAUUAAAAAGAUCAGAUCUUCACAUCUAACUGAUGCAAGGGUAGCAGAUGGUGAAUUAUCCAAGGUCCCUAAUGCAAGGUCCCUAAUCCUCUUGUGCCUUUUUUUGUUACUAAAUCAUGCAGCUGCUGCUUGAAAGAGGUGCCACAGUUGAUGCCGCAGAUAAAGAUCUUGUCACCCCACUGCACCUAGCUGCAGGAUGUGGUGGUUUGUGCAUUGCUGUGCACCUGCUAAUGCAGUAUGGGGACUCAGUGGGCUCCACGGAUCUGUUAGAGAUGACUCCUCUACACUAUUCCCCUUUAAAUGGCUUUGCUGAAACUGCAAAAAACCUCCUUUGCUACGGAGCGGAUAAGAAUGCUAAAGAGAGCCUUGGGAAAAACUCCCUUGCACCUUGCCUCACAGAAAGACCAAAUUCAAGUCCUGGUGGUGUUACUGAAGAGUGGGGCUGAUGCAUCGCUUCAGAGCAAGUGGAAGGAAACAGCUGCUGAUAUUGCGGUACAAAAACAACACGCAUAUUAAAAAACUUAAAGCCUAAGGAAACUAAAAAUACAGACUAAUUGUAUUUGUAUGUGUGCAUUGUGAAAACUGCACCAAUAUGUAUGCACUUAUAUAAAAAAAAAAUCUUAUUCAUGAUUUCUGUAGUACAGAUAUUCUAAUAAAGUACAACACAAUAGCACGGGUCCCAUGUAAGUCAGGGUGCCUCAUUUUAUGAAUCUACAUCUCUCAUCGUUGAUUACAUGACAUCUCAACGUUAUACCUACGUUACCAGGAACUGCAAUCGGAAGAGGAUCAUCACCAGUUUGGUGAUGUCACUGAAUAAAGUACCGGUCGGUCGCGCGGAAUGAUAUGUUCAGAACUGAACAGAUGGAAAUUAGCAUUCCUGGAAAA